AUGGCUGGUUACGUUGGGAAAUUCGUGACCAACAAGAUCCUUGGAGAGACCCUCCAGAACAAGUUCGGAGUAGAGGAUCCAUACUUCGAGACGGUCCCCGCGACACGACUUGAUGGCAAACCCUCCCGUUCGAAAACCAAGAAGAUCCACAAGGCCAUACCACCUGGCUUAUCCGAACACGAUGCGAACAUUCUGAACAAGGUUAAGAGAAGGGCCUACAGGCUAGAUAUGGCCUUUGGCAGUUUCAUGGGCCUGAAGCUUGGUUGGGGUAGCAUAAUCGGCAUCUUCCCUGUUGCGGGCGAUAUCGCUGAUGGGUUGUUGGCCAUGUUGGUCGUUCGCACAGCCCAGCAGAUCGAGGGCGGGCUCCCAUUUGACGUGAAGCUCAUGAUGUAUUUCUGGGUCAUACUGGAUCUUAUCAUUGGAGCGGUACCAAUCCUUGGCGACAUCGGCGAUGCCCUGAUUCUCGCCAAUACCCGUAAUGCCGCUGCUCUCGAAAAACAUCUUCGUAAGAAGGGCAUGAAGAACCUCCAGGCCAGUGGUUUACCGGUUCCUGACGUUGAUCCCAGCGACCCGGCCGAAUUCGAUCGGUUCCACAGCUCGGGGUCGCCUACAUCCUCGCAACCUGCCCGGCACGAUAAGGUCCCUGCUGGCCGAACACGAGAUGAUACCCCCCAAUCGAGUGGUGUUGCCGCUGCGCCAGCUCAACCACCGCGACCCGCGCAGGCGAAGGUCCGCGCCGAUCGGCAAGGCGGUUCCGGCGGAGGCUUCUUCGGCUUCGGCGGCAAGAAGUCUCGGCCCGCUGAUAUUGAAGCGGGAACGGCCGGCCAAACCGCCACUGCAAAGCAAAGCCGACGGGGUUAG